AUGCACUCCCUUCCCACUCCACCCACAGAAGCCGAAUUGCGAUGGAAACCAGCCAUCGCAACGGUCAGUCUAGGCGUCGCACAUCUCCACUCGAUUACAGCCAAACUUGCAGCUGCAGCACAAAACGGCCAGGAAGGUCUAGAGCUAUUUCACGACGAUAUCGCUCAAUUUGCGCAGACACUCCGUGGCCAAGCAACAGAUGCACUAUCGGCCCGAUCCGAUCGCGAAUAUGAGAUCGACGCUGCGCACGCCAUCCGCGAUCUUUGCGCAGAGCGGGGGCUCCGCAUUCUUGCGCUACAACCCUUCCGACAUUACGAGGGCCUCAUAGACCGUGCACAACAUGCACAGCGACUUGAUGAGCUUCGCCACUGGGUGGAGCUUUGUAAGGUUCUAGGCGACUCGCUGUUCAUUCUGAUCCCAUCUUCAUUUUUAGAUAAGGCUGAGAUUACGGGUGAUCGGGAUCAACUUGUUGAUGACUUGGGCGAAGCGGCUGAUAUCGCUUUUCCGGUGAGAAUUGCUUAUGAGGCGCUUGCUUGGGGUACAUAUGUGAAUACGUGGGAAGCUUGUUGGGAUAUUGUUCGAAGGGCUGAUAGGCCUAAUCUGGGCAUUUGUUUGGAUACGUUUAAUAUUGCCGCGAGGGUUUGGGCUGAUCCUACGAAUUCGUCUGGGAGGGUAUCUGGGAAUGCGGAUGCGGAUUUGCAUAAGUCGAUGGAAAGACUUGUUAGAGAGGUUGAUCCCCAUCGUGUCAUGAUGGUUCAGUUGGCGGAUGGGGAGCGGGUCGAUCCACAAGAGGCAUUCUUGACUGUACCCGGAUUACCGACGCUGUUGAGCUGGUCCCGGAAUGCUCGUCUGUUUCCGUGUGAAGAGGAGCGGGGCGGGUAUCUUCCUAUUCGCGAGGUUGCGGAUGCUUGUCUUAAUCGAUUGGGUUAUGAGGGUUGGGUUAGUAUGGAGGUUUUUUCUAGAACAUUGCAGUCGGAUGAUCCGUUGGUGCCGAGUGAGCAUGCUGCGAGGGCUAGUCGGUCGUGGCAGCGGUUUUUGGAGAUGGUCGAGACGGACUUGGAGGGUCAGAAGAUUUGA